CGAUUUCUGAGUAGUCCCGAUGCUCAGGCCGGACAAAGCACGGCACUAGUGUACCAUACUAUCUGACAAGUAUAAUGGAGAACCGCCAUUUGUUGUACACGCUCUUGCUGACGGUCUUCACCGUGUGUACAACGAAGACCAUCCCAGCGGCGUUCUUGGCAAAGUAUCUGACCACCAAGGGGAUUACCAACUCCAGCGUCGGUGCGGACAACGAAGUACACGCAGAGAAGCGCCGCGGAGUCGUGGAUCUCUCUGUUUUGUGUUGGUUGUGUCUGCAGGAAUGCUCUUUGCCUGCUUCCCUUUCGCUGGAUGUAAGCCAGCACAUAUAAGGGACAAGCGACAACACCGAUCUCGGGCAUGUAUGUAUCGGUCGUCGAUCUGUGUGUGAUCAGUUGUUUUUGCGCCCAUUGGCGGAGCCAUUGUGCUGCGAGUCGGCCCAACUGUCUGCCUGUGUAAGAAUUUGUGUAAGGCCAAAUGUCACACGGUCACACACACAGCCUGCCUGAGUGUCAUCAAGGUGCUCUAUCGUGUGUUCAGGUGUGAGCCUGUUGGUCAGCAUUUUCUGCAACGUGUUGAUGGCCUUCUCGGGAGUCUAUUGGCAGUACCUGGUGGUGCGCAUCGUCAUGGGCGUGGCCACCAUAGCCUUCACCACGAGCAUGUACAGCCUCUGCCCCUUCCUCUUCCCCUCACACCUGACCCUCGUCAUCGGACUUGUUGGUCGGCAAGUGACCACACACACACACACUCAGACAGAAACACAAAGAUCUGGUCGAUCGAUCCCUCCUCGUGCAUAUCGGUGUGUGUACCUGCAGAAACCACACUCGGGGUUGGCGCUUUCACCGGGAAAUUUGUUGGUGGCGUGUUAUUCCAGCUCGGUGGCUUUGCGCUUCCCUUUAUCAUGACGGCGUGUGUGCUCUUCCUCUGCCUCAUCCUGUGUGUCCGAUUCCUGCUGGCCGUGCGCACCAGGGUCAAUCCGAGCGGCUCUGAUGACGUACUGGUCGACCAGCGGCUGAUCAGCUUGGAUAAGAGGGAGCGCUCCCUGUCAGACCACCACCACCACCACCACCUGCACCACCAGAUGGAUCCUCAUGACGCGUCAGCGCCGUUUAUGGGAUUUAUGGGAUACGAACACGAGCACAGGAGGGAAACAGGUGAGAAGAGAGAGAGAGAGAGAGAGACGGAGCCAUUGUGGAUGUAUGUGUCUUUCUGUGUGUAUGUGUGUGUGGUGUCAGAGAGGGGCCUGGUUGCGACCAAGAGCCCUGUGAGCGGCUGGCACCACCGGGAGCAGCUCACGGCGGAGCAGAUGGCCGAUCUGGACACUACCGACACAUAUGUCGCCCCCAUCGGGCCCCCCACCCUUACCCUCCCCCAUCCCACAACAGACACUGAAGGAUACAUUCAGGUGCACACACACUCUUCAAGCAUGCACACGCGCAUCGCAUCUGUCAUCCAUCCCUUGCCUCUGUGUGUGUGUGUGUGUGUGUGUGCAGGACCUCCACACGAGCGAGGCGGCCCAGCCCUCUCCCACCACCCCUCCGCUCCACCCCCAACGAGCCGCCGACCAGUCUCCGAUGUUCGCUGCCUCGCCCGUCAGGCAAGACGAGCAGCUGUCGUCCGUUCCAUCCCUCGGCGGCCUCAUGAGGCAGAGAUACAGGCGGCGAACCGAUUCAGGAGAUGAUCAUGACCUUGGCAGGACAGCGACGGCGGGGUCGGUGAGCCCUCGCUUUGGCGGCCGGCGGGGGGGAGUGGGGUCUGUCGGAGGGCAGCACAAGGAGGGGGCGUACGGCAGUCAUGUGACGUACUGGCAGGUUAUGACGACUAAGGUGCUGAUGACGCUGGUGGGGGUCUUCCUGACCUGCAUGUGCUAUAGUUUUCCGGAUCCCGUGCUGCCCCCACGGAUCAACAGUUUCCUUGGUAAGCGCAGAGAGGGAGAGGGCCGCAGGGGAGCGCCAUCUGCACAGCCGCUUUGUGGUUUGCUUUGUCUCAGGCCCCCUGUCGUCCAUGAUCAUCGGCCUCUUGAUGGGGCUGCAGUCGUGCCAAUACACGCUCGCAGCCCUCUUGACGGGCAGGGCAGCGCAGAAGUUUCCUCACUAUACCUUUUACAUGGCGCUGGGCUACCUGGCCAUUCUGCUCGGCUACUGCUGCCUCGGCCCACUGCCACCAGGUCGGCAGCCUACAGCAGCCAGCCAGCCAGCCUGCACACACAAAGGGAACGAAUCUCCUGUCUGUCUGUCUGUGUGUGUGUGUGUGUAGUGGAGGCUGCGGGUGUCGUCAGGGACCACUCGCCCGCGGCGUGGGUCGUGCUGGUGAGACAUCGCGAGAAAAGUGCAUAGAUUCACCAGGCAGGGGAGGCAUUUUGCGUGUCGAUGAAUGACCUGCAGGUGUUGGCUUUGUCGUUCGUCCCCUGGGGCAAUGCGCUGUCGUUUGUGCCAUCCAUCCCGCUGCUGCAUGAGGACGUCGACGAGAUGGGGCCGGCAGCAAAGGAGCUGGUAAGCAUGCAACACCGGGUCAGAUACCCACUGUGAGUGAACACCCCAUCAGUGUGUGGUGUGUGUGGUGUGUGGCAGGUGGUGAGCCUCUGCGUGUGCAGUAUGAGUCUGGGUGAGACGGCAGGGCCCCUGCUCGGUGGUUCCCUCACUUCGGCGACUGGCUUCGAGUGGGCCUGCACAGCAAUGGCCUUUGCCUACGGCAUCUUCGGGGUGUGUUUUGUCAUCGCCAAGCGGCCCUUCGCCAAGAUCACUCUUUUGCGUAUGCGGUACCGAGCGCAGCUGCCGACAUUCCGCCUGAUGCAAGUGUCGCCCCGCUCACACCGCAGGGCCGAGGCGGCCGAACCUCUUCUGUUGGAGGAGGGUGGAAUGCGGGUGACGGCCGUGGGUGCGGUGCCGCCCAGCCCUGCGCCGUCGGCUCGGAGUGUGCGGACGCUGGGAGAUCUGCUUGGCCAGGACCCCGUCAUCGGUCAUCUCACCGUCGUCGGCAGACCCCAUCGGCUGCCCAGCGAGGUCAGCUUGUCGGGAGCCGUGUGGGAUUGGAUGAGGUUUGUGUGUAUGCGCCGUUCGGUGUGAUGUGUGUGCAGGCGGGUACGAUCGGGCGGACGGAGACAGUGGUGUCUGGCGUCACAGCGCUGUCACGGGCGUCAUACUUCAGCGCACUGUCCCAGCCGGCGGCCACUCUUGUGGAGGAGCUGCCCUCCACAGGCCUGGUGCCCUUCACCAAUCCCGAGAUGCUCCUUGCCAUCACUUCCGUCAAUGCGGCGGCAUCGGCACUGCUCAUCAACGACGCACUCGACCGCCUCACUCUCGAGGGCGACCUCGCCGACGAGCCCGAGCGCCUCACGUCCGCACCAACACAAGCCGUCCCACAGCAGGCGGCCACCACCAUGGAGGGCACCGACGAUACCGCCCCUCUCUACCGCACUGUCACGGUCACAGAGGUCCCCCCAGCCGCCGUACCCACAGCUGAGGCGCCUGUGCCGGCUCCCGUCCCGUCGGCCUUCGGUGUUGAUGUGACUGGCAAGCCAAUGGCUGACAUUGAGGAGGGGAAGCCGCUGCAGAUGGAGCCUGUGCCGCCUCUGGUGCUGGAAGGCGAGACGAGCCCUGCCAGCGGAAGGGCUGCCGGUGCGGUGCCCGACGGCGAGAGGCGGGGCGGGACGAGUGAGGGGAGCACUGAGUGGGAGGGUAGUGACAGCAGCGGGGGGAAGACCACUGCCGAGUGACAGACAGACAGACAGACAGACUGGAGUAGCUUUGUGUCUAGUGCCAUUUGUUGAGCCUUCCUUCAUGGAUGCCGAUUUGUCGGGGUGAGGUUCUUUAUGCAGCAGACAGACAGCCGUGCGACGUGGCUUACUCAGCCCUGCCAACAGACAGACUGAGAUGAGCCGUGCCGUCAAUCAGCGCUGUUUCUUGAUGUGACUCUGUGUGUGCGUGUGUGUGUGUGUGUGUGUGUGAAACUGUGUGUGUGGUGUCGACAUGGACGGACCUCAGGCUCUGUCUUUUUGUGGCUGGCUUCAGCGGUGCCGCGGCCCGGCCGACUGAAGGCAGCUAGCUUUGUGGACUGAGUGAGUGGUGUAUGUGAUCCGAUCGAUGUGGGCUUCCUUCAUGUGUUGGUUGCAACCAAGGAACAUUUCAAACUCUCUUGACAUAUAUGCCAUCGAAUCGCUGUCUGUG